AUGGGGAAUUCACCUGAGACGGUGCAUCCUGUUAAGGCUUUGGGCUACGCCGCUAGAGACACAUCUGGCGUACUCUCCACCAUUAACUUCUCCCGGAGGACUUUCAACAUUGAUGUUGUGAAUACGGAAACCGGAGAUGAAGACGUGAGAUUCAAAGUGUUGUACUGUGGAGUCUGCCACACUGAUCUUCACUUUGUCAAGAAUGAAUGGAACAACACCAAGUACCCCGUGAUCCCUGGACAUGAGAUUGUGGGUGUGGUGACUGAGGUGGGCAGCAAGGUCAAAAAAGUCAAAGUAGGAGACCAUGUCGGGGUGGGUUGUAUCGUCGGGUGUUGCCAUUCAUGCAAUCAAUGUGGUGCUAAUCAAGAACAAUACUGCUCAAAAAUGGUACACACAUAUAAUGACUCUUCUGUGGUAACCUACGGUGGUUACUCUGACCACAUGGUAGCCAACGAACACUUCAUCGUCACAUGGCCCAAAGACUACCCACUUGAUGGUGGUGCGCCGCUUCUAUGCGCUGGAAUCACUGUUUACAGCCCGAUUCGAUACUAUGGGCUCGAUAAACCUGGGAUGCAUGUUGGUGUGGUUGGGCUUGGUGGGUUGGGUCAUGUAGCUGUUAAGUUUCUUAAAGCUCUUGGUGUUAAGGUUACUGUGAUCAGCACAAGUCCCAAGAAAAAAGAAGAAGCCAUUAAUACUUUUGGUGCUGAUUCGUUCUUGGUGAGCCGUGAUCAAGCCCAGAUGCAGGGUGGUGUGGGUUCUUUGGAUGGAAUUAUUGACACUGUUUCUGCUGAUCAUCCUCUUGUGCCUUUGAUUGCUCUCUUAAAGCCUAACGGUAAAUUGGUUUUGGUUGGUGCUCCAACCAAGCCGUAUGAGCUACCUGCUUUCCCUUUGCUUUUUGGUAGGAAGAUGGUGGGAGGUAGUUUCAUAGGGGGGAUAAAGGAGACACAAGAGAUGAUUGAAUUUGCAGCAAAACAUAAUAUAACAGCAGCGAUUGAACUCAUUCCCAUUGAAUAUAUCAACACUGCAAUGGAGCGUCUUCAGAAAGCUGAUGUUCGUUAUCGCUUUGUUAUUGACAUUGGUAACACAUUAAAAGCCCCCUAA